GACAUCACACGAGCCCCCGCCUCUGUGCGGUGACGUCAUGUAUCGUCGACGUCACGUUGACCCCCACCCCGCUGUGACGCGAGGUGGCCUGUGACGUCAGAGGGCACCGUCGCGUCCGCCGGGAAGAUGGUCGAACUGAGCCGGUGUCCGAGCGGAAGGUGUAAGGUGUAAGGUGUGGUGAGACCACGGAGCCGCUCCGGUCCGACAGCAAUGGUGCUACUCAUGCCGCCGUGUCUGGUCUGCCUCUUGACUCUCCUUCUGCUGCAGUGUGGGUUGGCUCGCGCUGCUGGUCCAACUUACAUAUCUGAAUAUUACUCUCAAACUCCUCAAAAACUUUCCUUGUACAGCUGGUAUGGAAAUGCACGUCUGUUUGUCUUCCAAGUGCCAGAAAAUACAGUGCUCUUGAAGUGGAUUUUGCAAGCCUCGAAAGGAAAAGGGCCAGAGUGCCAAAAUACUAACAUUACUGUCCAUUUUCGGGCAGGCGCCCCACCAGUAAUCAAUCCAUUACAAACCAAGUUUGGAAUAGACACGGUUGUUCUUCCUUCAUUCAACCUCACUAUCCCAUUGACAUCUGCAGUGCAGAGUAGUACGACUUUAAAUAUUUCUAAUCCUGUUUCAGGUGAUUGGUUUGUAGCUGCACAUCUACCAAAAGAUGAUGGUAAAAUUGAAGUGAAGGGCUUCUUGACUAAAUGUUCCUACAUAUUUCAACCUCAGAUGCUUGUUCAACGAUUGAUUAAUGUGCCUGUUCUUGAACCAAGCACUUCACUUACACUGAUGCUUUCUUCUGUUGAUCAGGUUUCACACUUGAAAAUUUUUAUUCCUGAGCACACUGUGGAACUGACCAUUCAUCUUAAAAACUGUGCUGUCGACACACGACCAGUGGAGUCUUGUCCUGUCUUCAUGUUAAUAGGAUCAAAUGCAUUACCUAACUCACACUUGAAGAUUGUAAAUUGCAGUGAAAGUUUAGUUUGCAGAGAAACACUGGAUUCUCCACCAUGGAUGAAAUGGAUGCAACUCACUGUUGAAAGUAGCAACCCUAACUGGACCAUCACCUUUGAGAUUGAAGCUUAUUUAACAGUAUGUGAACCUGUCAAUGCUGGAUCCUUUCUUACUUCGUUUAAUAACUUCACUCUAUCAAGCAAUGGUACAGUCAUCAAAAGUCCAGAUAUGUUGGGAGUAUACGUAAAACCAAAUAACACUGAACUAAAUAGCGGUGGCAUGUCAUGUUUUCGUAAUCAACCAGUUCUUCGAGAAGAUGUGGAUGUUGUCUCUGUGAGAUUUUUUGUUUUGAAUGGACCAGAUACUCCUGUGACCUCUGAAUAUCCAAUAAUUCUUCUGCUGAACUUGAAUACAGGAAGGGACAAUGGUGGAACCAUCAUGUUGAAUUUGCAAUUGAACAAGACUUCAUUAUCCAAUGAAAAUGCAACCGUGUUUGCCUGUUUAAGUGCUGGGUCUCCUGUGAUGUCCCUAGAUGUCAAUUCCCUAAGCUGCGGAGAAGCUUUAUCUUGGGGAUACAUGCUUAAAAUGAAUUCUUCAGUAUUAUCAAGAUCCCUUCAAGUUCCUUACCCAGAAACUGAUCAUUGGUAUCUCACUUUGCAAAUCCUUUGCUCCAGUCAUAAAAGCAAUCAAACUUGUGGCAAGGUUUCUGCUUUGGUAACUGUAUCAGCUAUUUUGAAUCCCUGUGUUGGGGAUUGUGGUGUAUAUGGAGAGUGCAGACUUCUUCAAACUCAUGGAUAUCUUUAUGCUGCAUGUGUUUGCAAAGCCGGUUGGAAUGGAUGGAGCUGUACAGAUGAUACCAAUGCUCAGUCAUAUAGCCGGCAAUUGCUGGCAACCCUCUUGUUAAGUUUGAGUAAUCUCAUGUUCAUCCCACCGAUUGUGGUUGCUGUACAUCGCUAUUAUUUUGUAGAAGCUUCCGUGUAUUUCUUCACCAUGUUUUUUUCAACGUUUUAUCAUGCAUGUGAUCAACCUGGAAUUGCUGUCAUGUGCAUUAUGGAAUAUGACACACUGCAAUACUGUGAUUUCCUUGGUUCGGUUGUAUCUGUGUGGGUUACAAUUCUGUGUAUGGCGAGGUUAAGAUCCCUCCCUAAAUAUGUACUUUUUAUUCUUGGUUCCUUAUUGAUUGCCAUGUCAAUGCAACUGGACCGCCGUGGUCUUUGGAACUUAUUGGGCCCAUGCCUUGUUGCCCUGUGCAUCAUGAUAACUGCAUGGGUGUUUCGUGGCGUGAAGCGACGCCAUUGCUAUCCUCCAACAUGGAAACGCUGGGUGUUUUUCUUGUUACCAGGAAUAGGUGCAGCAUUAAUUGCUAUUGCUGUAUAUGGAUUUCUGGAAACAAAGGACAACUACUACUAUACACAUAGCAUUUGGCAUAUUCUCGUAGCAGGAAGUGUGGUGUUUUUGUUGCCACCAGGUAAAAAACACAUAAACCUCUGGAUUUGGAAGCAGAAAUUUACAUGUGGAUACCAGCUUUGCUCUGAUGUAAAAGAAGACUUGUACAUUGUUUGUUGAAUUAAGCUAGUUUAGAUAGACUAACCUAAUCUGAGUAAACAGAUUAUUUUUAUACAAAAUAUCUAAUAUGGGUGAGUGUCUUCUUGAGUUUCUGUAUUGCGCUUUAAAAUAAUUCUUUUUAGAAAAAGACCACAAAACACUGUAAAGUUAAGUGACAUCUACUUCAAACCUAUUAAGAUUUUAUCUGCUGAGAGAUCCUCCCCGAAUUUUAUAACUAAAGAAAUGGAUGUUGAACUUUUUUAAAAACAACUGAUGCAUUUAUUUUGUCUUUAAUUAAACUUGACCUUAAUUUUAGUUUCUGUUGCUCAGGCGAGAGUAAAUAGGUCCAACACUGAAGGGAGAUCACUCACUCAAAUGGUGAUUGGUGGCAAUCCAAAGCUUAUUUUUGUUUAACCAGAAUGGCACAAGAAAUUUUAUGAUAAACGUUUAAAGGACGUUGCAUUCAAAUUAUGACAAGUGAUUUGUUGUCCUAAUUAAUGGGCCAGCUAUUUGGACGUGAAUUUUGCUACACUACUCCACUUUUUUUUUUAAAAUGAAGCAUUGUUCCUGAAACUGGUUGAUCAAUUUAGGAACAAAAUGUCCUGAUAUAUCUUUGCAUGGAUUUAGUUUCUGAUGGCUGUCUGGCUAAAUUUUGUCCAAUAAGGCAUGGUUACAAAGAUGCCAAGAAUAUUCCAAGUGUGAUUGGUGAUGUGUUUUGAGUGGUCUGAGCUGGCAAUGGUUUGCUUCACUUGACCUCCAUGUUCUAUAUUCCUAUUGAGGAUUGAUUGAGCCAGACUUAAGUACCUCUGACAACCUAUGCUUUGGUUUGUAUAUGUAGUACACAAAGUUCCAGAAAUACUCAGGUUAGGCAGCAUUUGUAGGGAGAGAUAUGAUAUAACAUUUCAUGUUGAUGUCCUUUUACCUCACGCACUUUGAAAUCACAAUGUUCUCCUUUUGCAUAUAGUCAUUUGAUGGAGUUAUUAGGGAAUUUAAAAUGUUCAUGAAACUAAGCUGCCUAUAGUAUAUAAUAGUAGAAAAUUGCAAGCUUUGAAUGGAGAUGAGUGACUUCCAUUGCAAUUACGAGAUUUUGUUUUUAUAUUUAAUUGGAACAACUAGGAAAUUUGCAUGUAAAAGUAAGAAUAGUUUUUUUAAAAAUUGGAUUUUCUUGAAUACUGUUGCAAAUGUGAGGAAUUUUUCAGCAGAUGCUUUAGAUUUCGGCAAUAAUAGAUACUCACCUUGAUAGAAAUCACCUUGCAGCUGAUUUGUGUUUAAUCAAAUUCUAAUUAAGGAACUGCCACCACAUUGCAACUUCACCAAUAUUAGUGCUCAGCUGAAGUAUUGUUCGCAACUGAGUAUUAAGGACAAACAAGAUUGGUUGAUAGACUAUUAGAUAAAUUGGGGAAACUCAGUCCUAUUGUCUGAGUAGUUAAACGUGCAUGUUUACAUUUAAUGUCAUGCAGUAGCACUUACCAAAGGCUUGUCAUCAAGUUAUGCAAAUAACUUAAUGAUUUAACUCUUGGAAAAUGGGCUUGAAGGGCUAGAAUCCAAGAUGAUUGCUGGAAAUCUUUAUUUCCUCAAGUGUUUUCAGACCAUCUUAAGUGCAGGAUUCUCUUGAUUUUAGUCUUUGGUCUAUGGUCACUUUUCUGUAGCAUAAAAUCAAUAUUUAGCCAGUUUGGUCUCAUGGUAUAAUUGUUGCUGAAUGAAUGUAUUCCGUAAGAGAAUUGUUUUGCUUUGCACCAUUAUCUUGUGUUAACAAGUAAACAUAUACACCAUUUUGUCUUGGAAAAGGUGCUAAAUCCUUAUACUAUCUAGUAUAUUUUCAAAUGUUGAUUUGUAAAAACCUGACACAUUGUGGGGUAUAACUGGGUCUUCUCGAUAAACUUACCCACAUUUGAGUUGGAGGAAGGAUCAUAGAGGCAAGAUAGAUUUUCUGGUUUGAAAUACUUUUGUGCUAAAAUUGAACGUAGAAAAUCUAAGGAGGAUAAAAAUGUCCAGUUCUUCAAAACAAAACCAUCAUGCUUGUUCUAUGGAUACUGCAAUAAUACUUAUAUGCAUAGUUAAAGGAUAUCUGUUUCAGUUGCUGGUUUUGUCUGACACUUGGUGGACAAAAAUUAAAACCUUUCUUUGGUUUUAUUCUCCUGUUAACAUGGAAAAUGUCUUGAUUUCCAAAAAACAUGCAACUUUAAAAAAAAUGCAGGCAUUUGUCCUCAUGAGCCUAGUAAUUUUAUUGGAAACAUUCCUCCUGCCUGACAUAUUUUGUCUUUUAUCUAAAAUCCUUUUCAAUUAUUGGUGAGUAACAAUAUGCUAAAAUAAUUGAGUUCUUUACAAAUGUUCAUCUAUAAUAAGCCUAAAUUAAUUCCAUUGCCGGAGACAGAAUCCUCUUCACCAGCGUCUAUACUCUGUGAUCUAGUUCAUGAUUUCAUAUUAGGUCACCUUUGUUUCCUGAACUAUACUUCAUGUUUUUUAACCAUCAACUUCUAAAUAACAUAGUGCUUCAUAUUACUAAUUGUCUCUCAAAUUCACAGAAUGGAUUUUAAAAACAAAAGAUACUUGAAAUAUUGUACUUUACUGUGGUUUUGAUGUUAGUUGAAUUAUUACAGUAAUCAUAAUAGUUGGUCUACUUUUAAAACUGUGGACUAGAAUAUGCAACCAGUUGCAGAAGUUGCUACUUUCAGUUCAGCUAGGUGAAAAAAACCAGCUUUUUAAAAAAAUGUUCUAAAGGAACAAUGGAGAUUAUGUGGAGAUAUGUUAGAAUGAUAUAUUGUAUGUAUAUUAUGAUAAAGAUUCUAUGUAAAUUGUGGGUGGAAAAGGUUUCUUAUUAAGCUGUCUUAAUUUAUUCUGAUAUACAACACAUAUUUUGUUACAUAAAAAUAAAUCUAAUGCAUAUAACGCUGUGCACAGUUAGGUUGCCUUUAAUGGGGAUAUAUAUUUUGGAGUAAUUUAUUUUGGUUUAAAAUUGUGCAUGAACAUGAUUUAAUGGUGGAAGGUUUGUAUCAUGUAAUUUAUAAAAUGAAAUGCCAGCU